CUUGGUCCUGUUGUGCCUGUGCCGGGCCAUUCAGUCAUUCAGUGUAGUGUAUAUGGACACGAGAGGUGUAAUUAAGGGCUUGCACAAUUGGUCGUCUGUUUUUAUGUAUGAAUGUACUCCGACUUGUAUACCUGAAUGUAAAUGAAUAGUGACAUUUUAACUUUGGAAUGUGUAAGCUUGAGUGAACAUAUAUUUAUUUUACAAAUUCUGUUGUUAUUGUAAACAAGUGAUUACUGUGUGGGUUUCUCUGCAGGGAAGUUGUUCGUGACUGCUUGUGUCAAUGGCGACAGAUCACCUCGGUUGACGUAUAGUGUUUUAUAAUAUUGUACUCGUGAAGAUAUCGGAACUUGUUUAGUUAAUAUUUACUGAGUUAAACUAGAUAUCUUUUUUUGCGAAGCACAAAUCAUAAAUACUUAGACGUGAGUGGGAGUGGAUAACCAGUAUGUGGAGGGCAUUUUGUGUGUCAUAUUGUUGCAACUCAGAGCAAUGAAGUUAACAGAAACGUAACAUUUCCAGUGAUAAUCAGCCGUGCAGCUUUUGGAAUCGAUAAUUUGUCACCGAAUCUUAUAGUGGAAUGUUAAAAUCACACGAAAUAAACGCUGAUAAAUUAUUUACAACACAUGUUGCUUACAGAUGGUGGACAUUUUGCAAGUGUAGUUUGUGCUAGCCUAUAUGAUUUGACAAUGAACGUAUUUAUGUCUCAGAGCUUCGGCUUAGAAUUCGUUAUAUGAGCAGAUGAUUAUAAAAAUCAACAGGAUACACCUUAGAACCAGGGGUCCCAUAUGACGUGACAGGGAGCGAGCAGUAUGCAAGUAGUUUUGCACCUGCUCGUGUUUGCGGCACUACGCCUAGGAGGAGUGACGACUACUAUUGUCAAGACUUUUUCGGAUGAUGCAGGAACGGAAAAGUUUAAUCAUAUGGUGGUGGAUAAAAACACGGGUAGAGUGUACGUAGGAGCAGUGAACAGACUGUACCAGCUCUCACCUGAGCUGGAUCUGGUGAUGAGUGAUGUGAACGGACCACACGAUGACUCGCCGGAGUGCUCCGUCAUCGACUGUCCCAGCAAUGUGGUCAAGAAGAAAACAGACAAUGUAAAUAAAGCCCUAGUCAUAGAUUACACUACUAGUAGACUGAUAUCAUGCGGCAGCUUAUUUCAAGGGAUGUGCUCCGUGAGAAACCUCCAUAAUAUAUCCGAUAUAGCUUUAUCUGUGAAAGAGGCGGUGGUCGCUAAUAAUGCCACAGCGUCGACUGUGGCCUUCAUUGCGCCCGGUCCUCCCAACCCUCCUGUCACCCAAGUCAUGUAUGUGGGAGUCACAUACACUGGUAAUUCUCCAUAUCGGUCGGAAGUGCCAGCAGUAUCUUCACGUAGCUUGGACAAAGACAAAAUGUUCAUGAUAGCAGCUACGGCAGUCACCACCGGCACUCGGAUGUUUGUCAAUUCGUUAGCUCGAGAAAGAUAUCCUAUUAACUACAUUUACGGUUUCGCUUCCGAAGGCUUUAGCUAUUUUUUGACUACCCAAAUGAAAUACAGUUCACCGUCCCCCUUUAUUUCCAAAUUAGUAAGAGUGUGUUUCGACGACAGCAACUAUUACUCGUACACUGAGAUUCCAAUCGAUUGUAUAAGUGAAGGAGGAAAAGCUUACAACUUAGUACAAGCUGGAUUCGUCGGAAAACCCGGUUCGGACCUAGCAGCGGAUCUCGGAAUCACGGCUCAGGACGAUGUAUUAUUCGCUGUAUUCUCAGAAAGUGAACAGACAGAAGGUGAAGGCUCGAGUAAACCGAGUCCUUAUAGUGCGUUGUGUGUAUAUUCAUUGAAGGCCAUCAGGAGAAAAUUCAUGCAGAAUAUCAAGACCUGCUUCAGCGGCCUUGGAAAUCGAGGGCUGGACUUCAUUUCUCCUAGUCACAACUGCAUUUUAACGAAGUUGCAGACCAUUGGCGAAGACUUCUGUGGCCUCGAUGUCAACACCCCCCUUGGAGGAGAGACUCCAAUGGCAGCUGUUCCUGUGUUGGUGUUCAACGUCCACCUCACCGCCAUAGCCGCAACAUCUACCGGCGACUACACGGUUGUGUUUGUAGGCACCAGCAAGGGGCAUCUCAAAAAGAUCGUAGUGGAGAGCUCCAAGGCAGCCCAAGAGUAUGGUGAUCUCUUGGUGGUGGAAAAUUCAGCCGUCAAUCAGGACCUGCGAUUUGACAACCAACUCAUGCAUCUUUACGUCAUGACGGAGAGAAAGGUGUCCAAGGUGAAAGUGCAAGAGUGCAAUGUUUACAAGACUUGCUGGGAUUGCCUAGGAGCUAAAGACCCCUACUGUGGGUGGUGCUCUCUAGAAAACAAAUGCAGUCUACGCAGUGAUUGUCAAGACGCAGCCAAGGACGUAUUGUACUGGAUAUCAUACAAGAGUGGUCGAUGUACUACCAUCACUACUGUCACUCCCAACCAACUGCAGCGCACAACAGCUAGGACGCUUGAGCUGGUGAUAGACAACUUGCCUACGUUGUCGGGGCAGUUCCAGUGUGCAUUUACAGCUUUGGACAAAUCCUUGACAACCAAUGCCACUCGUAAACCUUACGGUGUCAACUGCACGACCCCUCGCACUGACCUUCUGCCGUCCAUACCUCCAGGACAACAUCACUUCACUGCCAAAUUGUCAGUGAGGAUGACAAAUGGACCGGACUUUGUGGCAACAAACUUCACAUUCUUCGACUGCAACACGUACAGUUCGUGUACGCAGUGUGUGUCCUCAUCUUUCCCCUGUGAUUGGUGUGUGGACGGCCAUCGCUGUACCCACGACACCGCGGAGAACUGUCGCAACGACAUUCUUGUCACUGGCGUUAGUAGGAUAGGACCGAGUUAUAGAAGCGGACCAGGUUUCUGCCCUACGAUCAACGCAACCACAGGGGGAUCAACAGAGAUUCUUGUAUCUUCUGGUCUGAAGAAAAGUCUCAGGGUCAAAGUGCAUAUUAUUGGGCAAUUCAUCGUCCAGACGAGGUUUGUUUGCCAGUUCAACAUCGAGGGACGUGUCACUAGUGUCAACGCCAAUCUGCUAGGAGACACUAUCUACUGUGAAAGCAUGGAGUUCUCAUACACCUCCAAAGCCCCUAAUAUCACUGCUACUUUUGCUGUUAUUUGGGGAGGUUCUAAGCCCUUGGAUAACCCAGAUAACAUUCACGUGGUGAUAUACCGGUGUCGAGAGAUGGCAGACAAUUGUGGUAUGUGUCUGGCACUGGCAGAGAAGUUUGCCUGUGGUUGGUGCCAGGUGUCUGACCGGUGUGAAGUCUCGGAGCAGUGUGAUAGAGGUGGAGGUAUCUGGUUGGACCGCAACCACACUUGUCCCAACCCUGAGGUCACCACUUUCUACCCUCAACUGGGACCUUGGGAGGGAGGCACCAACAUUACUAUUCAAGGUAUCAACUUGGGUAAAACCUUCCGAGAUGUUUACGGUGGAGUAGAAGUUGCUGGCUUGCCGUGUGAACCGUACGAAGAACUUUACGAGAAGACAAAGAAGAUUGUCUGCCGAGUGGACAGUCCAGGAACCAAUGUGAUGCGGAGAGGACCUGUGGUGGUGAGGGUAGCGGAUUUCCGAGGCGAGAGCAAACAAACGUACGAGUUUGUUGAUCCUAGCCUCGAGUCUAUCUCACCAAAGUUCGGCCCUAGAUCAGGAGGAACCUUGUUGAAGAUCCAGGGCAACUACAUGAAUGCUGGCUCCCGCAUACAGGCUUUCAUUGACACUCUGCCCUGUGAUAUAAUAUCUACCAGUCCUACUGAAGCCUUGUGCAUCACAAGUGCAUCAGAUCGGCAGCGCAGUGGGAAGGUCAAAAUGAAGUUUGACAAAGGAGAUCGUUCAUAUGACAAGGAGCUGUUUGAGUACGUUGAGGAUCCCACCAUAGAAUCUGCCGAGUCUGGAGUCGCGAGUCAGCUGAAGAUUCCAAAGGGUAUCCCUGCCGGUGGAAUCCUCAUUACAGUGACUGGGAAGAACCUAGCCUACAUCCAAAACCCUCAGAUGUAUGUCUACUACAACGGGAAAAUGUUCCUCAGUAAAUGCAACGUAAGGAGCAAUUCGCUGAUGAAGUGCUACUCCCCAGAGAUAGACAUCGGUGAUGCUGAGUUGGAUGCUGAACACCCAGAGAAGCUGGAGUAUGGGUUCAAGAUGGACAAUGUGGCCGGAGUACAAAACCUCACGAGACACGGCUUCCCACCCUUCCUGCUCUUCCCCAACCCCUUGUACGACAAGUUCGAUGAGGAAGUCAAGUACUACAAGAGUGACUACCUAACCAUCAAUGGCCAGCACUUGGACAGAGCAUCACAGGAGGCAGAUGUGAAGGUGAAGAUCGGCAAUGCUGAUUGCAAUGUAACCUCGUUGUCCAGACAACAGCUGACUUGUCGUCCGCCGCCCACUCAACCUCUAGACAGUCAUGAAAACCAGGGACCUGAGCCCUCUACUCUGCCUGAAGUUGUGGUUGUAGUGGGAGCUGGAGGGGCUCUUCGGUACACGAUUGGCCGGCUCAGCUAUGAAUCUCCUACAGGCAUCAACAGUCCCCUCAGCAAGCCAGCCAUGUUUGGAGUCAUAGCUGGCAUUCUGCUGCUUCUGGUUGUUUUCAUUGCAUUCCUCAUUGCAUACAGACGCAAGUCUACCGAGAGCAAUAGAGUCCUCAAGAACAUGCAGGAGCAGAUGGACAUUCUUGAGCUCAGGGUGGCUGCUGAAUGCAAAGAAGCUUUUGCCGAGCUACAGACUGAGAUGACAGAUCUGACUGGAGAUCUUACCUCCGGAGGUAUUCCGUUCCUAGACUACCGCACGUACGCCAUGAAGAUCCUGUUCCCCAGCACUGAGGAUCACGCAGUUCUACAAUGGGAACGACCUGAGCUGCUGCGUAACGACAAAGGGCUGCGGUUGUUCGGUCAGCUGAUACUCAACAAGACGUUCCUGCUGCUCUUCAUCCGCACUCUCGAGAGUAACCGCUACUUCUCUAUGAGAGACAGAGUAAACGUCGCUUCUCUGAUCAUGGUUACACUUCAGAGCAAGAUGGACUAUUGUACAGAUAUACUCAAGACUUUACUUGCUGAACUGAUUGAGAAGUGUAUGGAGGGUAAAAGCCACCCUAAACUCUUGCUCCGCAGAACGGAGAGUGUGGCAGAGAAGAUGUUGUCCGCAUGGUUUACGUUCCUGCUAUACAAGUUUCUACGUGAGUGUGCUGGAGAGCCGUUGUAUUUGUUGUUCCGUGCCAUGAAGCAGCAAGUAGACAAGGGGCCGGUUGACGCCAUCACUUCCGAGGCCAGAUAUUCUCUCAGUGAAGAGAAACUCAUUCGACAAUCCAUAGAUUUUAAACCAAUGACCGUAUUGGUGUCUAUAUCCCAGCAGACUGUCUUUGUGACAGGGCUUGACCCUAACACAGAAAAUGUUCCAGUCAAAGUGCUCGACUGUGAUACAAUUUCUCAAGUUAAAGAGAAAGCUCUGGAUACCAUUUAUAGAAAUGUUCAAUAUAGCCAGCGUCCACGUAAAGACGACUUAGAUGUCGAGUGGAGAACUGGUACUUCUGGUAGGCUGAUUCUCUACGAUGAGGACAGCACAACCAAGACUGAAGGAGAAUGGAAGAAGCGUAAUACUCUCAAUCACUAUAGGGUACCUGACGGGGCGUGUUUGAACUUGGUGUCCAAACAGUCGUCCAUCUAUAACCUCUCAAUCCUGUCGGACAAGACGGACAAGUCUCACAAGUACGAGACUCUCAACCUCAGCAAGUUCAGCUCAGGCAGUCCUCCGCUCAGUCGGGCCACGUCUCCUCUCAACCACGACCACGACGGAGGCCUCAAGGUGUGGCACCUUGUAAAACACCACGAUACGGAUGCACAGAAGGAGGGAGAGCGAGGAAACAAGAUGGUGUCUGAGAUUUAUCUCACUAGGUUACUCGCCACCAAGGGAACUUUACAAAAGUUUGUGGAUGACCUGUUUGAGACAAUCUUCAGCACAGCUCAUAGAGGCAGUGCUCUGCCGCUAGCCAUCAAGUACAUGUUUGACUUCCUGGACGACCAAGCUCUUCAGCACAGCAUCACUGAUCCGGAGGUCGUCCACACCUGGAAAAGCAACAGCUUACCAUUGCGGUUUUGGGUGAAUCUUAUAAAGAACCCCAACUUUGUGUUUGACAUACACAAGUCGAACAUCGUAGACUCUUGUCUUUCCGUAGUGGCCCAGACAUUCAUGGACUCCUGCUCUACUUCUGAUCACAGGCUAGGCAAGGAUUCUCCCAGUUCCAAGUUGUUGUACGCCAAGGAUAUCCCAGUGUACAAGGAGUGGGUGGAGCGUUACUACUCGGAUAUCAAGAUGAUGCCGGCCAUCUCAGACCAAGAUAUGGGAGCCAUGCUGGCUGAGGAGUCAAGGGCUCACUCAACAGAGUUCAACACAAAUUGUGCACUCCAAGAAUUGUACAGUUAUGCCAUGAAAUACAAUGAACAGUUAAGUGUAACCCUUGAAGAAGAUGAAUUUUCUCAAAAGCAAAGACUGGCAUUUAAAUUGGAACAAGUUCACAACAUUAUGGAAUCGAACCCUUGAGCCCAUCUCUUCUCUUUUUACAUUGCUCAAACGAAUGAUGAGUGAAGAAGUAUCAUGACAGGAAAUAUUCCCCCGAAGUGCCUCGGUAGAAUGAAUCCGCUGAAAGUGUCGUGUGAGUCCCAAACGAACAACUAGUGGAAAGAACAAAUGUCUCUUGACAUCCGAUGAGUGUGUGGUGUGUUUGGGUGGUUGUAGGAAGUUCGAUAUAUUUUCUAUCUGUACUUAAUUGUUUUGGGUCAUCUUUGUCGAAAAAAUAUAUAUAAUAAUAAUCAUCAUCGGUGUUGUUUGAAGCUUGAAAUGUUUAUCAAAUUUAAUACUUUGGAUGUUUGCGAUUUACAUGAACCGUUCUUUCUCAACCUCGUAUCAAAAUGGUACCGAUUUAAACCACUGUAUCGAUGUAAAACUAUGUUUUUUUAGAUAAUGACAAAUUAUCUAAUAGCAGUUAUUAUCUGUGUAUGUAUUGUGAAACGGUGAAAUCUCAUUUCAUUCAUAAGCUCAUUUGUGCCGUGUCCACAACACCCAAGCAAACCAUUUGGUCAACUGACCUGUAGUUUACGCAUCGACACUUAUACUUAUUAUAAUAUUUUAUCCUAUUCGAGAUAAUUCUCUAUCUUUAGUUCUUAAGAUAUGUUUAUUAUCGGUGACAAAUAUAGCAAUAAAUUUAUAAUAAGUUUUACGCUUUUGCUAUAUUUUUAUUAUAUAUUUUCUCGAGAUUAAUAUCAAUUAUGUAUUUUGUUACCAACUGAUAUUAGUUUUUGUAAAGUCUUUACAAAUGCAUGUCUCGACUCAAUCGCAUGAGAUAGAUUAACGUAAUUUCAAAUAAUAUUUUAACGAGGUUGAUUCUCGAAAUGUAUAUGUAAACUAGAUUUUAUUUUAACAGAAUAUGAUAAAGUUUGUAAAUCAAGCAAUACAGCUCUUUUAUUAUAAUAUACCUAGUUCCUUUUAUUUGUAUUCUUUCUGUAAAUACUGUACUUAAUUAACUAGUUUUAAGAUUUUUUUUAUAAACACAAACGAGCUUUUGAAUGAUAAUUUUUUAUUAUAUUAUCAUUGUAAAAAAAUAAUUUAUAAACCUUUUGUGUAAGAUUUUAUUAUCGAACAAACUAUGUCCAGUGAAGCGAAUAAAUUUGAAAACCCCUACUUAAAAUAAGCCUUCAUCUUGCCUGUUGUCCAAAAACAUUUAAAUUGAUACAUCCACCGUUUAUCGCAAAAUAUUAAUGUACCUGGGCCAUGUUAGAUAGAUUAGUGUCGAGGACUUACUCACUUCCAUAAGUAGUAAGUGAUUUAUCAGAUUCGAAGCAAUUAAUGAACAUCGUCUCAGGGAUAUGUAUGUUUAGUUGUUUGAAUGUCAGACUAUCUGUGCACAAAUGCUGUUUUAAUUGUGUUUUAUCUGUAACGUGGUCCGGUAGUUGUUACAUUCCUCAAAAACUGUAGCAUUCCAAGUAAACAGUUAUUACGUAAGUUGUACGUCUCCUCGCGUUGAUAAUAAUUGUUAUACCUAGGAAGGGUCGGUAGCCUGAAUCUAAAUCGUUUUCUAUUUCAUUAAAAACUUCUUAACAAAUCUGUGUACAGGAAAGAAAAUCAACGAAACUAUUUUGUUUAUAGGUGUUUAUUCGUUUUAGCGUUAUUUUAAUAUUAGGUUAUUCCAAGUGGCACCCUAAAGCAUUUUUAAGCAUUUGCGGGAAGAGGCUUUCCCCACGCCUUUUGUAUGAAUCGCAAUGCCUCUAACCGAUAUGUAAAGUAGAUCUUAAGAAUGUAAUGUAACAUCUUGUAAGACGUGACUUUUCUUAACGUAAACGAAUGAAUGUUAUAUAAUAACUAAAUGUGAAUAGCAAUACGGGUAUGUGUGUGGUCCGGCCUUACCCUCUGGACAUAGUCAAACACAUCACUUUCUGCAACUCAUCUGACCACUGUUUCUGAUUUAAUAGAGUCGUUUAUAUGAUUUGUGAAUGUCUGAUUUUAAUGUCUUCCAUGUUGCACCAAAUUGUCAAGAUGAAGCUCCCGUUGAUGUAUCGAUGUGGUCUAUGUGUCGGAUAAUCGAUGUAACGUAUCGGUGUGGCACUUUACCGAGGACCAAACCAACGCUCCCCCUUCCAUUCCGAUAAACGUUUUAUGUUCGAUCAAACCAAACUCAAUCCUGUAAAAUAAUAAUAUUCUAUAUGUUUUAUAUAUCUAUAUACAUACAUGUAUAUAUAUACAAUAAUCAUGCUUGUGUAUUUAUAUGUAUACAUGUAUAUAUAUGAACAAUUCGAAAGACGAGCAAUGUUAGGCAAGAGUCACUGUGUCAUUUUAUUAUCGAUAAUAAGAUUAUAAUAAAAAUGUCAAAUUUGACGAAUGCACUGUAAAUAAUAUAAUUUUGCUUAAAAUGUUGGAUGUAUUGAAUGGAAUGUAUAAUAAUUUAUAUGCAUCGCUGGUCCACAACACCACUAAUAUAACUUUAUCAUUUGACUGUAUGGAUAUGCUCAGUGUUUUGUCACUAAAAGAAAGCAAUUUUUCAUGCAGCUUUGUUUUCUUAUUUAACCUUCUCCAACUUAAUGUAGGGCUUUUUAAAUAUGUAAUUUACAAUGAAUUAUCUUCAACCAGUUCCAUUUAAUGGUUUGUUGUAUUAAACAUAAUUAGUCUCUUUAAUUAUUUGUAAAAUAUUUUAUGUAUUUUUUAAAACCACAAUUUAAAAAUUAUUAAAAUUUUUUUAUGUAUUUUGAAUCUACAAUUUUUAGUUUUUGCUGGAAACCUUCCCGAAUAAACUACAAACGGAGGCUUUUCUUGUACUUGAAUAAAUCUUAAACAGUAUUUUAUUUUGACUUUGUAAUUUUGUUUGGUGUCCUAAAUGCAUAACAGAAUUCAGUACAUUGUAGCUUAAGAACAAAUAUAAAAUGUAUUUGAUAUUUAAAUUAGAACAUUCCAUGAUGAAAUAAAUUGACUGAAAUAUUUUCAAACAAGAAAUGUCAUGUUUGGUCUUUUUACUGCUAUACUUGUUUCUUAAUAAAU